AAGGAGAAAAGCCUUUGACAGGUCAUGUGCCGAUGUUAAGGAAGGGAUUAAGAGCGAUAUCGGCUAAAUCCUAAGCUAUAUAAGAUGGAACCCAGAAGCUUAUCCACCAUUCCUCCACCAGCAUCGUCCCUGGAUCAGCGACUACUAGUACGUUCCAACGGUGACACCAUGAAGGCCUUUGCUCUCGUUUGCAUGACAGCCAUGGCAGCUGCUGCCAGUGCUGCUGUCGUUCCAGGUGCUCCUCCAGCAGCUCCAGCCAUUCCAGGACCAGCAGGAGCUUUAAACCCCAUGUCUCCUGGCUUUGGGGCAUCCUUCGCCGGGCCCUUCUCGAUGUACAUGAUGCCCCCAGCGGGCAUUCCAGGCGUGCCCGGAGGCGUCCCUGGCGUCGUAGGAGGCCUUCCACUUUCCCAGCUCGCAAUAGGAGGAGCCCCAGGGGUUAUUGGAGGUCCUCUCGUCGCCCCAAGCAUGCCCCCAGCAGUAGCUGAUCUUGUGAAGAAGAAGGUCGCCCUGGGCACCGGAGCAGCUGCCCCAGCCUCUUAAACCGCUGAUCCACCCUGAAGCUCAAGUUCGCCGUUCACUGAUUUGUCAUGGCUGUUGUAAAUAGGAGUGAAUCACUUAACGAUGUCUUCCAACACAAAAACUAAACUGGAAACUCCCUGGUGAUAAUUUGGCACUGAUCAACUCAGUCAUUUACAUAUUUGGAAGAAAUGAUGGAAGACUCUAUCACUGUAUUGUCUAUUAUGCAGGGUGGUGAAACAAAACUUCCUCUCAAAGAUGCAUAUUGUAAACUUCAUUGAAUGGAAAUUCCAGACUGACAUUAAUUUCGAAAAUCAGGUUUGUGAAGUAUUUUACUUACUAAAAAUUAACUGACAUUGAUUUUAGAUCACUGUGUGAAGAUCGCUUUGCAAUCUUAUGUCGCAAGAUAUUGCAGCGGGUGGAAGAUAUUAAUCAAGUUAUGUAGUACAACCAAAAUGCCUGUAUUCGAUCUGUUGAUCAUUCACAGUAAUAAAGCUUUUAUUGUAGUUAGA